CUGUAACUAUCGAUAAGAUAGGGUACUCGAUAUACCGACACCGCCAACGAUCGAGAAAGCGCUGCUCAAAUAGAAUCUAAAAUGGAUAAGUGGCUACAACCAGAGUUUGCCAAACUCUUGGAGAACAAGAAAUUCACCGAUUGUCAUAUUGAGGUGGAGAAGGAAUCCUUUGAAUGCCACAAAGUUAUUUUGGCCAGUGCAUCGGAGUUCUUCGAGCGCAUGUUCCUCAGUGAUUUCAAGGAGUCCCAAUCGGGAAAAUUUGUCCUAACUGAUGUCCAGCCAGGAACAUUUGCCCAUUUCCUCCAUUAUGUGUACACCUACGAUGCAAAAGCUCUUGAAAAGCACACCUGCUCGAUGGUAAUGGAGCUCCUCAAAUGCGGCUCCACCUGGCUCGUGGAGUCUCUCGUCUCCGACUGCGUGCAGAUCAUGAAGAUGAAAAUGCGCGUACUGGAUAUCACCGAUCUUGUCGAAGUUUUCCAGAACGCUCACGACAUAGUACAUGAGGAGCUCAUCAAUGAUUGCGUUUACAACAUAAGGAACCGCUUUUCCCAAAAAAUGAAUUGCUACGAAAUACUGUUCCUAACUUCAGAUGUCUUCGAGCAGUACCUCAUUAUCACCGAGGGGUAUUUGCCUCAGAUCGAGAGGUUCAAAAUGAUCCAGACUUACCUAACCGUGAAUGGGUUAAUAGGCAAUGGGGUGGUCAAUGGUGUUGUUGGUCAAGUGGAACUUCCGGAAACUACCAAUAAAGACGGCGGACAAAUAGAGAAGAAAGAAGAUGAAUCUAAUGAUGAAGAUGACUCUGAUUCUAAUGGUAAACCCCUAACUUGCAUUGAGAUUCUUAAUACAAACGAGAGGGAAACUCAUGAAGUGGCCAUCCCAGAAGAGCCAAAGGACAAAAUCAUACACCAAGAAUAUGUAAAAACUCUAGUGGGCCAUAUAAACUUCGGUAACAUGUCGAACAAAGAUUUUUACAGUGUAGUUGGCAAGUCUGCUUUGUUGAACGACAAGGAAAAAUACGAAUAUCUCUACCUAACCAAAUAAACCAAUAUACAAAUGUAUUUAAAA